AUGGUUAAUGAAAAUACACCAUCUUCUUCACAACCUACAGGUAAACAUAAAAAAAUGUGCCAAGAGAUUCUGGAUGACAUUGCCGCUGAGCCUUUUAAAUUAACUAAAAGUAAAAAAUGUCCUUAUUGUGGUGCCCUCAAAUUUCAAUACGAAACAAGUAAAUUUUGUUGUUCGGAUGGCAAUAUAAGACUGGCAAAUAACUCAACACCAGAUGUUCUUAAAGAACUUUUAUUUUCAGCGACAGAGGAAUCCAAAUUAUUUAGAGAUUGUAUAAGAACUAUUAAUAAUCAAUUUGCAUUUACAUCUUUGGGAGUGAAAUGCGAUAAAAAUUUAACGCAACGUAAUAAAGGAAUUUAUACUUUCAAGAUACAAGGCCAAAUAAGCAUCAGAAAAUUUACAGCUAUAUUUUCAUGA